AAAUCAUAUCUAUAUAUUUUGUUAAAGAGUGCAAGCAACAGGGUUCCACCAUGGCAUUUUCUUCUUGCUCGUUUCUAACAAGGUGGAUCAAAAGAUAUGCUCUCGGGAGUUCCUCGUCUGGCCGGACUUUAAAACAUAUCUUCAUAUAAAACUCCAUGCUUCUUUCCUCGGCGACAACCUCCCAUGGAGCUCAACUAUGAUCCCAUCUUCCCCGACUGCCCAGUCGUUGAUCACUGCCUCUCAAUCUGGUCCCGGCAAGCAGCCUUCCACAGCAAGCCGGCUUUCGUGUGGAUCGACGAGUCCAGCGAAGAGGAAGAGCCGGCUGUCUUGACAUACGGUCUUCUGGAUUCUCUCGCUGCCGCUACCUCAAGCUGGCUGAUCCAUGUCGAGGGUCUUAAGCGUGGCGACCGUGUAGUCUUGCUCUAUCCACCAGGCCUCGAUUUCAUCUCUGUUAUCUUCGGCUGCCAGCGAGCGGGGAUCGCUGUAAUCCCACUCGUGCCACCGUCGGCUUCUUCUAACAAAACCAAGAGCGGUAAGGAUAUCAUGGAAGUCAUUCUAGAGGCCUCACCAGUGGCAUUUAUUUCUCCGAAAUCGUUGAGCGCGCAACUUGAUGGAUCGUCCGCAAAAGCCAUCGCCGCGUACUUCAACCUGCGCUGGAUAGCACUGGAGCCAGACAAGAUCCACAGUGUCAGUUUGGAGUCAGUCGACGAUGAUUCUUACGUGAGGCUUUCCAGAGCGGAGGAUUUGUUCCUGAUCCAGUAUACUUCCGGAUCGACUGGCGCUCCAAAACCGGUGAUGAUCUCCGCUGGAGCGGCAGCGCACAACGCUCGAGCGGCUAGAAGAGCUUACGACCUCCAGCCGUCCAGCAUCAUCGUCUCGUGGCUUCCACUGUAUCACGACUGUGGCCUCAUGUUCAUCCUUCUCACCAUCACCUGCGGGGCAACAAGCUUCCUUAGCUCGCCAUUUUCCUUCUCUAAAAGGCCAUGGCUAUGGCUGGAGAUGCUCUCCAAAUUCAAAGCUACCUGUACCGUGGUGCCCGCAUUUGCUCUCCCUCUGGUAGAAUCCAAACUCGUCCAGGAUAACUCAUUUCCAGAUCCCAAAGCUCGGCAUUUGCAACUGGAUUUGUCACACCUCGAGAGCUUGAUUCUCGUCAACGAGCCCAUCCUGGCAGCAAGCGUGAAUAGUUUCCUCAAGAGCUUCUCUAGAUUCGGACUGAGAAAGGAUUCCAUAGCACCUUCUUACGGGCUGGCCGAGAACUCCACGUUUGUGUGCACGGCAUGGAAGAAAUCCGGUGACUUUCCAGUGUACCAAGACCUUCUUCCCAGCGGAAAGAUCUCAAGCGCGCACGAUGAUCUGCAAGAGAUGAAUCUCAGAGUCGUGGAUCCAGGGACAAGCAAAGAAGUACCUGAUGGAGAGGAAGGCGAGGUGUGGAUUUCCUCUCCAAGCAUGGGAAGCGGCUAUGUGAACGAUCCAGCAUUGUCAUCGCAGACAUUCCAGGCCAAAAUCCAUGGAUCCAGGGCUUUCUUCCUUCGCACCGGCGACACUGGAGUCAUCUCCCAUGGAUUCUUGUUCAUCACUGGAAGAAUCAAAGAUCAGCUGCUGCUGGACGGAGGGAGGAGAAAGAUCCAUCCACAGUACCUGGAAUCCACCGCAUUCUCAUUCUCUCCACUCCUCCGGCCUGGUUGCGCGGUCAUAUUCCAAGCCCGAGGUGAGAACAUCGUCUUGAUCGCCGAGACCGCCAGUGGAUCGAUCGCCACUCCAGACGCGCAGGCGAUCGCGUCGAGGAUCUUCGUCGAGAUUCUCAGCAAGCACGAAGCCCCGGUCUGGACGAUCGUGCUCGUUUCGCCGCGAUCCAUUCCCAAGACGACAUCCGGCAAGCUGAGAAGAUCCGAGGCGCGGCGGAUGUACCUGAGUGGAGAGCUGCGAUGGAUCAAGCGCGUCUCCUUUCGGGAGCUCCUGUCGCUGGAAGAGAGCUUCCCGCCCAUCGAGCUUCGUUCCUCUCUCUGAAAUUAGGGUUCUUCCAGAAUAAUACUAGAAGACGAGCCCUAAAUCGCGCAGCCAUAGCUAGGGUUUCUAGCAACGCUCUUCAAUGAUCACGUUGCAGCGCUUUCCCGUGGCUUUGCUGAUCCGUUGGGAGCGAAGAGCGAUCGAUCGGGAGCAUUUUGAGAAGGAUUUUCUGUCUAGAAUCUCCUUUCAAGCUUGCUCUUGACAUUUUGCCGAUUUGUGGGCCGAUUCCAAAGGAGGACUCGGCGAUUUCCUGCUAGUGCCUCUCAUUUCACCCGGCCGAGAUGGAAUCCUAGGCAAUCCAAUGUCUGCGAGCGGCGAAUCCAUUUUUCUCUUCUCUGUUCCUCGCUCUGGUAGGAUUGCCGAUAGAACAAUCGUGUGAAAUGAUGUUUGAUUUUGUUUCCCUAUUGGCCUGAAUCGCCAGCGUGAUGGCUUGAGAAACAUGGUGCCUGAUCACACAAAGAGACCA